UCGCCAAUGUGGGUCACUUCCUUUUUGCUAGCUGCGCGUCGCCAUGAUGGAGAUCGAAAAGGUGAACAAGACCAGUCGGGGCCUCGCCAAAGCAAAUCAGGAGCUGGAAGAGUCAAGGAUGGUCGCUGUCAGUGAUCAAGCCAGGACAGCGAAGCGCCUCUUGCUCGUCUCUAGCCAGCUCGAGCACACGGAACAGCAGCUGUUCAAUCUGACCAAGGAGAUCAAUGACGGUCAAAAAGACUCAGAUUUGCUUCGCGUCGAAAGAAUCAAGCGGGAAGCCCUUCAGGAGCGCGAGGAUGCUGGACGUCUUCAAAUCGAGGCACUGCAGGAUGAGCUCCAUGAGGUCCAGCGCUCAGAGCGAUCUCUACAACAAAAGCUCUUUAUCAUGCAGACAAAAUACGAGGCCAUCGGCAAGCGCCAUGAACUCCUGAAAAGACAGCAGCAGGAACUGGACCUCGUCAGGGAGAGCAGAGAGGCUCUUGCAUGGCUCAAGGAAACAACAGAUCGGUUGUGUUCACCACCCCAAGGAAGUCUCGGUCAGGCAAUUCAGCAGGAGAAGGCAUCACAGGGAUCGACACCCAUCAACAUAUACCAGACAUCUCCUUCCUCCUCGCCCCCGUACCACUCAGUCAUCACGGACCCACCACUGGUGGCCCAAAACCAACUCGUCUCCCUAAUCAAAGAACUCGCUACUGCUAAUUCGACGCUGCGGACAGAACUAGGUGAGUACCGCGACCUCUUGCAAGAUGCCAGGAACGAAGUGAUCAAUUUGCGUUCACAAGUCGAGGAUUACGAGCAAGGCCAUGCGUUUGAUUGUUGUGGCCAGGGCUUCUCAGAUGAUUCGCCUUCCGACAUUGCGGUAUCAAAGAGCACAUUCAAUGCCUUGGCCACGCUCGAUGUUGGUCUUCAGCAGUCAAAGGACCUUUCAGGUGAAUUGUCAGGGUCGCCUCCGCCAUACAUGACGACCCCUGUAGCGCCUCCGACUGAGCAGCAUCUGCAUCACCACUUUCAUCUACCUGGAGUACGUGGCAACAUAUUUGGUGAACUGGAGCGGCGCUACAACCAGGAUCAGCAGCAAGGAUCGUCUGCUAAGCGGCGACACAGACAUUCUUCUAAAAAAGAAUCACACGGUAGGCGCUCUAGUCGAGACCACGCUGGAACCUCGCACCCGAGGCAUAUACACGCACACCACACCCAUCACGAUGCACGAACAACAACGGCCACGGUAUCGACAUCAACAUCGACAUCAGAAGUACGCCGAGGUUUAGGACCCAUCCAAGGACAUAAGUAUGCUCCACAUUCCAUGGAUGAUGCAAAAGCCCGUGCGGACGACGGAGGUGAUGCUCAUUGCUCAAGAAGCCGUGGGAAAAAGUCGCUCUACACGGACGCGGACCUGGAUAUGCUGGACUCUGGCAGCGAUCGCGAUUUUGAUGACCGUAAAGUGGACGAGCAUUGGGACCCAGCAGAGCUCCACUCUGAAUUUGGAGACUCAGGAAGCGAUCAGGAGCCAGGCUUCGUCGCCAAGUUUGCUGAGGUAUGUGCUCAUAUGACCCUUCAUAUCGCUUUGAAUGGUUCUGCUCGAGCCUAGAAGACAUCUUUCGCUCACUAUUUUGUUUUUCUCUUCUCGAUCUGUCCCGCGCACUUAACUGCUUAGGCACUGUCGUCCCUGUCCUUCUUUUCAGGCCCACUCUCAGGAUCCGCGCCUUAACAUCUGGACUGCGGCAAAUGUACAAUACAAUAUAAUACAUACAUAGAGCAUUUGACUCUUCUUUAAAUAUACCCUUUAAACCCAAGA